AUGCGAAUAAUCCAAACAACUUGCUGAGUCGAAUAAUUAGUAUAUAGUCGAAUUAGUAAAGUCGCGCAUCGCCACUUUUAGCAGUUAGCAUGAGAAUUUGGGUGGUGUUACACGCAUAUUCUGCUAACGUUAUUGUGGCCGUAUUUAUUUAUGUGUCAAAAAGUUCGCGCACUAUGAAUACAUAACAAAUUACAGUUUUAUUAAUAAAUAAAAUAAUACUUUGUUUCUGAUAUGAUUAUUUGUGGUAUGAAGUGGUUUUGUGAUGAAUUUAUUUUAGUGCAGUGAAAAGAUUUUGUGCAUUUAUCGAAUUUGGUGAUUUGUCAUCACAUAUAUUUUUGUUUUCUUUUUACAAAAGAAUUACAGAACAGCUGAUACUCAAUACUACAAAAAAUAUAUCUUAAACCUAAAUUAAAGAAUACAGAAGUAUUCCAUUUAAAAAACCUAAGACACACGUCUGCUACAAUAAUUAAAAUAAUGAAAGAAAAAAUAAUAAUAAUUAGUCUGGUAGUGGGCUAUUUCCUACCAAGUAUGACCAGUGGGUAUAACAACAAUUGUUGCGACACUGGUCAACAACUAAAAAAAAUCAUAAGUGAAGAUGGAUUUACUGUAAAUAUACUAUGUUUGGACCUUGCAACAAAUAAUACCACACCAUUAUCUAUAACAUGCAAGACGCCGGUCGCAAUACUGGCAACAUUUUAUAUAAAUGAUGAAGGCCACUUAGUUGUGCAGACUUCGGUAAAUCAUGAUAUUAUCAUAAAGUCAGGAGAAUAUUGUUUGUACCAAACAUUAUAUACUUUGAAAGUAUACAACAGAGUCAUAUUAUGUACAGAUGACAACGAGGAUAAGAAUGACAUUGCUGAUUCAGUAAAAGGCUACUGUAUGUUGGUAUCAGUCAUAUUUCUUAUAUUGACUGCAACGGUAUAUGCUGCUAUUCCUGAAUUAAGAGACCUCCUCGGCAAAAGCUUGAUCAGUUUCUGUGGAAGCUUAUCUAUCGGCCUGUCGAUAUUGGUCAUCAUGAAAUUGAUGGCAUAUUCGAAUAUGUCACUUUGCGCAGUGAGAGGUUUUUUCGCAUAUUUUUUUAUACUGUCGAGUUUCUUCUGGUCUAAUGCAAUGGCGAUACAAAUAAUGUUUAGUAUGAGGCGACCAUGCCUGUUAUAUGACCGUGGAUGGAGAGAGUUCUCGUGGUACUCUUUAUACGCGUGGGGGUGUCCGGCCGUGCUUACAAUAAUCACGGCGAUUGUCAACUUCCACCCCGGCGAUCACCCCAAGCCUGGCAUUGGAUUGAUGCACUGCUGGUUUGUAGGAAAUCAACAAUGGUACUACAUGUACAGCGUGAUGACAAUUUUAAUAUUGGCUAAUAUUGGGAUCUUCAUUUGGACUUCAACCCGUUUUUGGUGUUUAUCCUUUAAUUCAUCCCAUGUUAAAGCCGUGAAAUAUAAGCUCAUGCUUACGAUUCGUCUAUUCGUACUGAUGGGAAUACCUUGGAUAUUUGAAAUGAUCGGCUCGUUGGUAGAAACAAGUAUAGUAUGGGCAAUAAUAGAUAUAAUCAACACACUGCAGGGCUUGUUUAUAUUCGUAUUGCUAGUGUUGUUGCGGCGGCGUGCCAUAAAAAUGAUGCUAAAACACGGCUGGUUGAAUUGUGUGUCGGAUAGCAUCGAAAAGUAUUUAGCACUCGCUGAAGACGAAGAAGAUGUUGUCGAGCAUACGAUAGACGUCAGGAUGGACGGUAACAUUACGACGUAAGAAAGUAUUGUUAUAAAAUAACAAAGCAUUGAUUUUAUGUUAAUGUAAAAUGGUACAAACUAAGUAAUUCGAAACGAGAAACUAUCCGCGGAUAGGUACUAACAUUUUGACAUCGUGAAGUUAUGUUGAAAGGAACUUAAUUCACAGUAAUUAAGUAUUGAGACUGUAAUUUACAAAGAAAACGGACGUUUUGCAGAAAUAAUAUACUCUAAAAAAUGCGAUUUCAAUUUUGAAUACAUCGCAAGAUAAAGAGAUGUUACGUAAAAUAUUUACAAUGAAGGUUACAUUCUAAAUAUUGGAUGUUUACGUAUAGAUUUAGGUUCGCAACAAAUGUUUAGCUCCGUAAAGAAGAAUGGCAGAAUCUAUCAUAGUAAAAGCAUAAAAUAAAAAAAAAAAAAAAUUUAGAGAACGCUACUAAAAUGAUGUAUGAAAUACCUAUUAUACAGAUGUUAAUUUAAAAAAAAAAUCAUAACCUUAAAAUUUGUGUUGUCUAAAAUUUUUUAAUAAAUAGUACGAACAGUAAUAUAAAUACUAUUCAUUAGGGUCUCAGAAAAAUGUUUUUCUUUUUUCUUGAAAAAUACCUUUAUAUUAUUAAAUACAAAAAAGGAAUAAAUGGAAGUGUUUUUAAGAUUUUUUUAG